GCCUGAGCGUCCCUCGCGCCGGGCCCGGCAUUCCCGUCACGCUUCCCUCAGGGCUCGGGGAAGAGCGAAGCUGCCCCGGGCCCAGCAUUCCCGUCACGCUUCCCUCAGGGCUCGGGGAAGAGCGAAGCUGCCCCGGGCCCAGCAUUCCCGUCACGCUUCCCUCAGGGCUCGGGGAAGAGCGAAGCUGCCCCGGGCCCAGCAUUCCCGUCACGCUUCCCUCAGGGCUCGGGGAAGAGCGAAGCUGCCCCGGGCCCGGCAUUCCCGUCACGCUUCCCUCAGGGCUCGGGGAAGAGCGGAGCUGCCCCGGGCCCGGCGUUUGGGUCACGCUUCCCUCAGGGCUCGGGCAGGAGCGGAGCUGCCCCGGGCCCGGCGUUUGGGUCACGCUUCCCUCAGGGCUCGGGCAGGAGCGAAACUGCCCCGGGCCCGAGCUUUGCUGCGACGGCUUCAAAGUCGGCCACGAAGGCGGGUCAGCGCGGCAGGAACAGGCCGCUUGUGAGGCCGCUGGCGCCCUGUGGGAGCGGAGCUGCGCUCCUUCCCUGGCCGGGCAGCUGCUGAUCCGCUCUCCUUUGCUUCAGUGCACACUUUUCCUUGUGUUUGGCAGUGUUGAUGUACUCACGGAGAAAGUUCUCUUGCUUGCUGAUUUUUUAGCUGCUUUCUCCUUCGCGCCCGCCCCCCCCCCCGGCCUUGUUAAUUUUUGUAUCCUUUCACUCUGAAGUGGGUAAAUUUCUUUAUUUGUUUUUCAUAUUUGAAAAAUAUUUCUACAAAGCUCUCCCUUGGCUACUAUUAAACUAUUUCUGUGCCUUAUUUUAUUCUCUGAGCUGAUUUUCUGUCUUCCUUAAGCAGUCCAGGUGAGUGGAUUUGGGUAGGAGUUGGAAAAGAGAACCACGAAACUUCCUGGGUUUUCCCCUCCUUGCAGCUUCUUUGAAGGAUCUGUGCCACCAAAAAACAUACCAUUAAUAGCAAUCCAUACCUUUUUUAGGGUAUAAACUUUGCUUGGCUGCACUUUGAGUUGUUUAUUCUGGAACACAGAAUGUGCUUACUGUGGGAAGCAGUGAGUAAGGUUGGGAAGAACUGAAUAAUCAAUAAUGCAUCUGUAUUUGGGUUAUAGCACUGGACAUUCCAAGGGUCAAAAAGAAAAUUUUCCAAGUUAUAUUUUAAUGGCAACAUUUUAUUUUAAUGUGACUGCUUAGAAGGCAGCUCUUUCACCUUUCCUGGGAUAAAUUGCCUGUGACAUGUCUGGCCAGGCAAGCAAAUAACAUAAAAUCAGUGAGAACCUAUAGCUGAAUCAAAGGAGUCUUCUAUAUGCACAUAAAAUACCAUUGGGUAGAACAUUUUCAUCUAUGUGAUAAAAACAUGAAGGGGUCUUCACUAGCCUGAGUGGGCAGACUUCAAUUGUAGAUGAUGACCUGUAGUAAAAUACAGUGAUGGAGUCACUACUGUUCCUUUAAAAGGGAAAAGAAAAAUUAAUCCCAGGUCUCAUUAUUACUUUCCCUGUUUUCCAUCCCCAAAUCUUCCAUCACAUAAAACAGAUGUGGGCUAUUGAUGUUCUCCAUCUCUAAUGUCUAAAUAGCUUACCUCCUCUUUCAUCUUUUCUGCCUUGCACUCCAUCCUCUGAGAAAUUCACUUGUCUCUGCGUCGUUCCAUUUUUGCAAUCUUUGCAUUAUCCUUUGUUGUCUGUUUGUAAUAUUGCCCCAGUUUACUGACAGGUCUCCAAGCGAAGGCUUUGAGGCUCCAUGAUGAUGUGCUUGAGGUUUAUUGAUCGUGGCUGCAGCGUGGUGGGAUCCAUCAGCAUUCACAGGUCACAAACAUCCCCGGCAUUUUACACUGGGACCGCUGCAACGGAAGGCAUAGAUUAUGCUGGAAGUGAGAUUUUCAUUGCUACUGAAAAUUUUUGCUUGGAAUCUGGAUAUCUCCUUCCUGCUUGCUGCUUUCAUAUUAGCACCCUGUUCCUUUAUCCCAUUCCCUCAUUUCCUGCCUCUGCAUGCAUGUGUGCACAGAACUCUUAAUGGAUUUGUAUCCUCUCUAUUUCUUCUGUCCUUUUACCCCACAAUAUUUUUUUUUGUACCCAAUCUAUCUUUUCCUCUGCCUGACUUCUCACAGGUAGAAGUUGUUCCCCUAGCAGCAUUGACAGUGAUAGAUUAAGGAUGGAAUUACUUAUCUGCACCUUGUAAUCCAAACAGAAUCGCAGUCUGCUGUUAGCAGUCCACAGGGGUUGCUGCUGAAUUAAUUGGAAUGCUGGUAGCUGUGCUCGCUGAAGCUUCUCUCAUCUUGAAUAUGUGAGAAAGAGGAGAAGAGGAACCCUGUGGAUUUAAACAAAAGAAAAACCCCAACAACAGAGGGUGAUGCCCUUAUCCUAGAGAUGUGUUUAUUAGGUUCAGUCCUGUAUUUAGCAGCUAAGGAGGAAUAGAACAUUCACACAUUUAAUUUUUCCCUCAAAUGAAACAAGAUUAUUUGGAAUGGGAAGUGCCCCUUUCUUUAUGCGAGCAGGCAAAGUUUCCUUGCCAGCCACAAACCCCUGAAAUUUGAAGUCACAUUCCCCUAGGUAGUGGUCACAAAGCAGCAGUCAAACUGCACGUGUGUCUGUGUGCCGUGUGUGGCUCGCAUUUCAUCCGGCUGCAGAAGGCAGCGGUGGUGGAACUGCAUCUUCAGCAGGAGUGGCAGGGAAUUUCAAACACCAGAUUCAUUAUCUUCUGACCACAUUGGUGGAAUGUGGAGGGGGUCUGACACUGCACAGAAGAUGAUCAGGUCUUACAGGAAAUGGCUGCAAGUUUUCAGCUCUUUGAAACUGCUUCAUGGUCUCAAGUUGAAACUGAUCGAACAAGAGUGAUUUUGACCAGCUUCCAGAUGAUGUACCUGUUUCAGCUAAUAUCGCAGAUAUUGAAGAGAAGAAAGGCUUUACUAAUUACUAUGUAAGAAUGGAGAUUUAUCUUGCCUCUACAUGCCUUCACCAGUGACUGGUUUGGUUAUGGGAAGCAAAAUGCAGUUAAUCUGGUGUAAUUGCUUUUUGGUAUGUUUGUCAUUGAAGUAAAGCUUAAAGGUGGUGGUAGAUACCUGAUUUUCCGGCGCUAUCGUGAGUUCUAUGCCCUGCACACCAAACUAGAGGAGAGAUAUGGGCCAGAGAGCAGUAACAGCCCAUUUACCUGCACACUCCCUGUACUGCCAGGAAAAGUUUUUGUUGGUGCCAAAAAGGAAAUUGCUGAGAACAGGAUUCCUAUCCUAAAUGUCUACAUGAAGAACCUGCUCUGCCUCCCUGCUUGGGUGUUGAUGGAUGAGGACGUUCGGCUGUUCUUCUACCACUCAACCUUUGAUGGCGAGCAGGUGCCUCACAGACUGAGACGGCUUCGCCCACGGACACGCCGAGUUAAGAGUGUUUCAGAUCAAGUGCCUGUUUUUGACCGCACUGCAGCUCCGCGGGCUGAGGCACUAUUUGAUUUUCCUGGAACCAAUAAACUGGAACUCAGCUUCAAGAAAGGAGAUUUGAUCUACCUACUCAGCAAAGUAAACAAAGACUGGUUGGAGGGAACUGCUGAUGGUGCCACUGGGAUUUUCCCAUGUGCUUUUGUGAAGAUCAUAAAAGAUUUACCACAGCAAGAAGACACAGUUAAUAAAGUUCGCUGUUAUUACUAUGAUGAGACUGUGAGCACCAUCAGGGAUAUCUCAGUGGAAGAGGAUCUGAGCAGCAUUCCAUCAUUCAAAGAUCUAAUGGAAUUGAUGAGGCAGGAGUUUAACCAAGAAGACAUUGUUUUGAAUUACCGGGACCCUGAAGGUGACCUGAUCCGCUUGCUCUCCGAUCAGGAUGUUGAACUCAUGGUGUCUCAGAGCAGAAGAAGUCCCUCUGAGAAGCACUUCUUCCCUUGGAAGUUGCACAUCACUCACAAAGAUGACUUGGGUGUCUACAACACUAGUCCAGGAGGAGGUGCUACUCAAACAGUAGGGGCUAUAUGUACAAACAAGAGUCCAGAGAGAUCCCUGCCAUGAAGAUUGUCUAUUCUAGAGCAAAGCACUGGAGUGAAACAGCACUGGAGUGAAAAACAGAAAAUUCUUUCUUCAUCUCUCUCACAUCUG